AUGGAUCAAUCUUCAGUGACUGAAAGGAUUCAAAAUGACUUGGAUACAUUAUCUCACCCCCACUCAUCAUCCCCAUACCACCGGCCAGGCCCUAGUGGAGCCCACCAUCAUGAGACCCAUCACCACAGGGGGCCCCACCAUCACAGUGGGCUCCGUCAUCAUGGUGGACCUCACUACCAAGACCCUGAAAAUCCCUACUCCUAUCCUUUCCACCACCGUGACAAGGCCCACUAUCGUGGCAGGGCUCACCACUAUCCAUCCCCUGGAUGCAUCGUGGUGGUGGGUCCCACAAUUCUGGAAUCCACCACCACGGUGGAACCCACCACCAUGGGGAGUCCCGCCAGCAUACUGAUUCCUUCCACCGUGGCGGGCCCCACCACCAUAGCAAGCAUCACCAUUCUGGUGGGCACCACUAUCAUGUUGGGGCCCACCAUCCUGGUGAAGAUCAAAUUCAUAACUACUAUGGUGAGACCCAUCACCUUGGAGAAAAUUUAUCCCAGUACUCCUCUGCUGCGUUUUACCACCAAGGUGAGCCUCCCCAUCAUCCCCAAGGCGAGCCUCCCCACCAUCCCCAAGGUGAGCCUCCCCAUCAUCCCCAAGGCGAGCCUCCCCACCAUCCCCAUGGCGAGCCUUCCCACCAUCCCCAUGGUGGGCCCUACCAACAUGGUGAAGACUACCACCAUGAUGAGGCCCAUCUACCUGAACCCCACCACUACAGCAGGCCCCACUAUCCUGAUUCCCACCACCACCGAAGACAUACUCCUCAUGGAGAGAGCUCCUCUUACCGUUCCUCUGAGGGGUCCAACUUCCGUGGUGUGCAUCAUCGUGGUGGUCACCACCGCAGGGAACACUCUGCCACGCAAGUCCCGCAGCUUGCUGGGCAGCUCCCCCUCUUAUAUGGCAUCCCACUCACCUGGCAUAACUCACACCAGAAGCUGGGGGCACAGCGUGACUCAGUCCCAUGUCACAUUUUACUCAUCCCCCUCUCGGAGGUCCAGCAAGAUUCACCCCCGCAGCUCCAAAGACACAGAGAGCUGGAGUGAAGAUGAGCACUUUCAGAAGCGCAAACUGGGCCGAUCCCCGCGGGCCCACAAGAAGAUGCACACUAUGGACCUCUUCCAGUGGUUGUGGGAUAAAUUAAGCCACCUCGUUUGGGGCUUCCGGAGACUGAUCUGGAGGCUGACCCAGUCCCUGGCCUUUGAAACCUUCAUCUUCCUCGUCGUCUGCCUCAACACCGUCAUGCUUGUAGCCCAGACCUUUGCUGAGGUCGAGAUCCGGGGUGAGUGGUACUUCCUAGUCUUGGACUGCAUUUUCCUCUGCAUCUACGUCAUGGAAGCCCUGCUCAAGAUCAUUGCUCUGGGCCUGGCAUACUUUUUCGACUUCUGGAACAAUCUGGACUUCUUCAUCAUGCUCAUGGCCGUGCUGGACUUCGUGCUCAUGCAGGUCAACUCCCUCUCCUUCUCCUUCUACAACCACAGCCUCUUCCGGAUCCUCAAGGUCUUCAAGAGCAUGCGGGCCCUGAGGGCCAUUCGAGUACUGCGGAGGCUCAGCAUCCUGAACAGCCUCCAGGAAGUGACAGGAACCCUGGGCCACUCCUUGCCAUCUAUCGCAGCCAUCCUUACACUCAUGUUUACCUGCCUCUUCCUCUUCUCUGUGGUCCUGCGGGCACUAUUCCGCAAAUCGGACCCCAUGCGCUUCCAGAACAUCUUCACCACCAUCUUCACCCUCUUCACUCUGCUCACCCUGGAUGACUGGUCCCUCAUCUACAUGGACAGCAGGGCCCGGGGCGCCUGGUAUAUCAUCCCCAUUCUCAUGAUUUACAUCAUCAUCCAAUACUUCAUCUUCCUCAACCUGGUGAUCGCUGUCCUGGUGGAUAACUUCCAGAUGGCACUGCUCAGAGGCCUGGAGAAAGUAAAACAGGAAAAGGCCGCCCAAAUCCAUGAGAAUCUGCUGGAAGACUCACUGACGGAGCUCAGGCAAACAGAGCCUGAGGAGACAGUGAGCGAGACCACCCUGUGGAAUCAGUUCAUCGACCGAAAGUUUGGGGCCAUGACUGACAAGCAGCGGGAGCUCCAGUUCCAAUUCCUGCAGCUGGUGGCUGGGGUGGAAUAUCAGCAGCAGAAGUUCCGUUCCCAGGCAUCUGUCAUUGAUGAGAUUGUUGACACAGCAUUUGAGGCUGGAGAGGAGGACUUCAAGAAGUGACCCUGGAGAGUGCCACCAGAUACAGACCCAAGCCUCUG